AUGAAGACGGCGAUGCUUCUCGCCGCAGCCGGCUCGGCGACUGCGGCUGUCUACAAGACACCACUUAAGAAGGUCUCACUGUCUGAGCAGCUGGAAUUUGCCAACAUCGAGACCCAAAUGGCUGGCCUUAAGCAGAAGUACUCUCAGCAGCACAUGGCCGGCUUCAAGCCCGAGUCUCACAUGCAGGCUGCGUUCAAGGCGCCUUAUAUCGCCGACGGAACGCACCCUGUGCCCGUUACCAACUUUUUGAACGCCCAGUACUUCUCCGAAAUCUCCCUCGGAACGCCUCCCCAGACCUUCAAGGUUAUCCUCGACACGGGUAGCUCUAACCUCUGGGUUCCAUCAUCUUCUUGCAACUCGAUCGCCUGCUACCUUCACACCAAGUACGACUCGUCAUCUUCGUCAACGUACAAGAAGAACGGCACUGAGUUCGAGAUCCGUUACGGAUCUGGUUCGCUCAGCGGCUUCGUGUCCAACGAUGUCUUCCAGAUUGGCGACCUCAAGGUGAAGAACCAGGACUUCGCUGAGGCGACGUCUGAGCCAGGUCUCGCAUUUGCCUUUGGCAGGUUCGACGGCAUCAUGGGUCUUGGCUACGACACUAUCAGUGUCAAGGGCAUAGUUCCUCCCUUCUACAACAUGCUCGAGCAAGGUCUCUUGGACGAGCCUGUUUUCGCCUUCUACCUGGGCGACACCAACCAGCAGCAGGAGUCUGAGGCUACCUUUGGUGGCAUCGACGAGAGCAAGUACACUGGCAAGAUGAUCAAGCUUCCUUUGAGGCGCAAGGCCUACUGGGAGGUUGAGCUUGAUGCUCUGACCUUCGGCAAGGAGACCGCCGAGAUGGACAACACCGGAAUCAUUCUGGACACCGGUACAUCCCUGAUUGCCCUUCCCUCGACUAUCGCCGAGCUCCUCAACAAGGAGAUUGGUGCCAAGAAGAGCUUCAAUGGCCAGUACACUGUCGAGUGCGACAAGCGCGACAGCCUGCCAGACCUUACUUUCACGCUUACCGGCCACAACUUCACCAUCAGCGCCUACGACUACAUUCUCGAGGUUCAGGGAUCGUGCAUCUCUGCAUUGAUGGGCAUGGACUUCCCUGAACCCGUAGGACCUUUGGCCAUUCUCGGUGAUGCCUUCCUCAGGAAAUGGUACUCUGUGUACGACCUUGGCAACUCUGCUGUCGGUCUCGCAAAGGCCAAGUAAGAUGAUUCGGGUUAAGCAUGUCUCUGGCCUGUCAACUUGACACGUGUGACAUGACGUUGCAAGCGUCGUUUUGCAAUGGGCGGCGUUCGGCUCAAAUUGUACCAAGGCGGUAAUCACUUGGGUAUUCUGAUCACAUAACUACUUCAUAGCAGUCCGUAUAAUAUCGAAUGAGGGUUGAACAUCA